GCUGUAGCUCCACCCGUUAGAGGCGGUCAUGUGAGUGACAUCUUAGAGAAAUUAACAGGAGUCCAGUGAAAGAGGUUAGGGACAGCUGCUCGAGGGAUUCGCAGUAAUACGGAUCACCAGUACAACGCACAACAGCGUGUGUCUAAUAAUACAGGAACCGUACACAGGGGAAACACUGAGAUGGAGGCCAGGCAACAGGGUCUGCUGGAGACACAGCCUCUUCAAGAAGUAGAUGAAGACGUGGUAGCAGCCCUGAGCAACAGUGUUUCUGAUGAAGAAAGAGAAGAGAUGCAAGUAGAGCUAGACAAGCUAGAGGAAGAAAUCUCCACAUUGAGACAAGUUCUGACUGCCAAAGAGAAGCACCACGCCGAGUUAAAACAGAAACUCGGAGUUAACCCACUAAGUGAAUUCAGACAGAACUUUAAUAAAAGCUGGCAUGAAAUGCAGACCUCCACAGCGUACAAGAAGACACAGGAGACCUUCAGCACUGCAGGACAAAAGGCCUCCGCAGCUUUCAGUAAUGUAGGCACUGCAAUCGGCAGGAAGUUUGGCGAUAUGAGAUCGCAGUCCAUUGGCUACUCUGUCCAUCAUUCAAUGAGCAUGCCGGCUAUGAGGAAUUCCUCUAGUUUCAAGUCCUUUGAAGAGAAGGUUGAAAGCACUGUAUCCACUUUAAAGUCCAAAGUGGGAGUUCCAAGUAACAGUGGAGGAAGUUUUGAAGAGGUCCUGUCAUCCGCUGCCCAUGCGAGUGCCCAGGACACACCUGCUGCUGCUACCAGGCUGACAGAGAGCAGUGAGCAACAGUGUUAGAACACUGACUCUCCUCACAUUCUGAGCACAGAGGGAGGAUGACCCCAAGAGAGACGAGGCCUGAGGAUUCAACUGACAGUAAAACUACUUUUAGAGGCCUGUAUUAAAAAACCUCUGUUGUUACUUACAAAAGACUAAGAGUGAAAAAAAGAUUGUUUGCAUCAGGCUCACACAUGUCUGGAAAGUGGCCUCAAAAGCAGUUUUACUUAAAAUAUUUAUAAGCACAACUAUGCAGUACUUUGAAUAUGAAAAUGCUUCUUGAGUGGUCCUAUCAGUAUAAAUUAAAAUAUAUAUUCAAAAACAUUACUUUUUCAGUGCAAACAAAAAAAAAAAAAUGGGAAAAAUCUGUCCUUAAUUGACUCAUGAUUUAUCAGACACAAAUCAAGUGUUAUACUGUCAGUAGUUUUGAGCAUGUGAUGUGUUUUGCUCUGACAUUUUUACUCCUAUCAUUUGAUUGGAGAAUCUCUGAAUUUACAUUUGCGCUUUUUUAAACAUGACAGUAUACUGAUAUGCAAGGUAACAGUUUGUAGUAAUCAGUGCUAGUAUUUAAAGGAUUUCUAUUUAAUGCAUACAGUAUUUACAUAUUAACUAACUUUUUCAUAUUUGUUUUCCCUGUACAUAACUAAUUAUGGAAGCUAAUUGCUGCAGAGAAAAAAAAAAAUGGGGUUUAUACAAAUUACGAAGUCAUAAAAACAAGAAAAAAAAUCAUAAUUAUGCAUUUGUUGGCCCAUGAAGCUAUGUGCGAACAUCACGCUGGCAGAUAUGUGAUUAUGGAUGGUUCUGAAGUGGUUAAACCAAUCUGGGAAGAUGAGUCAAACCUAGCAAUGUACUGUAUUAUGGUAAUGAGACAAAAUAGGUUAAAUAAAUAAAUAACUGUUAAAAGUGUGUAACUGUGCAUUAUGAGGCCUGUGGUUGCAGAUAAUCUAAACUGGGCUUGAAAGUGGUCCCACAGGUCUUUUAAUUAUCUCCAGACACAACUUUAAAGCCUUAUAGGUUUCAACAAGUUAUAAGUUGUAAAAACAUGUUUUUGCUUUUUUUGGUCAGCACCACAUUUCUGUUACCAAGGUUACCUGUCCCAAUAUUGUUGUCUACCAAGGAUAUUGAAGCCAGCUCACAUUAUGUUAGUGUUAUAUUUAUAAAUCUCAUAUUAACAUUCAGGCUUUAUUGUGGUUUUAUACAUGGUUGAGCACUGUAAAUGUGUUCUUUCUUUUGUUUUUACCAAUAAUCUCUUUUAGGACUGCAGAGCAUGUUUGUACUUGUCCUUUGUUAUUUAUUGUGAAGACUAAUGGACUUUGUGACUGUUACAGCAUGUGAGCACAAAUACACAAUUGUUGAAGCAUUACUUUAAAAAAUGUAAGUCAAAACAAAUCUAUGCCUGUUCAUAAGCUGUACCAUAUGAAGUUAUGAUAAAUGUUAUUCAAAUAUACUGUACAUUAAAAAUGUAUUGACAUACUUAAAAAAGGCAAUUCUGACCUUAAAGCUAUUCACACAUCGAUAAUGAAUAUAGUCUGCCAGUUAAUUUUUAAAAAAUAGGAUGAGUUGCUCCAACAACUGAUAAGCCACCAGAACAAAAUAAAAACAUGAACUGUG